AUGACGCGGCGAUGCAACUCGGCGCCGGUCGUGGUGUGCGCGCAUACGCGGCUAUGUUUAAUGAAUGGCGCGCGCUUAGGGUUGCCGACCUUAGCGCCAGAGGUAACUGCUUUCGGCGUCACUGCUGUCACCACUUCGACCACUUGCGGCAACGAUACAAAGCGACGCGGUGCCGGGCCAUCGUAUGCUUCGGCCGGCCCACCAAUCGCCGCGCUGAGCCGAGCAGGCCGCUUUGCGGAGCGGACGCAUACGGAACCACGGAAUCCUAGCGGCACCUCGAACUGCGCGGGCGUGCAGUGCGGACCCCCACUGGGACCAUGCAUCGACAAUGCUCUCGGCAUCACCAUCUCAACGCACCAG